ACGGCUCUAGUCGGCACAUCGUCCUGUCAUUAUGCAGGAGAUUGAGCACCGGCAGUGAUGGAGUUCGUUAAUUUUAAGUUUCUUAACAUGUCAUAACUGACUCGUUUUCAGAAUCUGAAAGUCAGACGCACAUUUUAAGCAUUUACGCUUCGACUGUGAUCUUUCAAUUACCAGGAUGACCAUUUUAUGGAGAAACCGGUAAAUUAUGGGAGUUUCCUAUUGAUAGACCGAGCUACCUCUAGCAUCAUAUAAAAGUGUUGACGGAAAUAAUUUUGCGAAGUUGUAAUUUUUGAAUGUCACCAAGACAGAUUGGUGACGGAUAUAUGAAAGGAUAUGGAUCAUUUUGCAGCUGAGUGCCUUGUGUCAAUGUCCAGUCGGGCUAUCGUGCAUCCUAAAGAAAACAGAGAGUCCAAAGCAGAACCUGCAUGUUCUCAAAGGAAUGUGGAAGAAAAGGACGCAAUGAUCAAAGACAAUUCUUCUCUAUUUGUGGUGGCUCGGAUUCUAGCGGAUUUUAACCAACAAACCCCUACCGAUAUUACCGAGCAGACUAAAAUAACAGAGGAGUGCGCAUCGCCAACAGCCUCGGAGGAUGGAAGUACUGCCACACCUACCACAAACAUCGACCCCGGCCGCACACAAAGAGGCAAACGUGUCAGAGGUCGAAUCGAACCCGAAUCUCCUCAGAAAAAGCACAAAUGCCAUUUUUCAGGUUGCGAAAAAGUUUAUGGCAAAUCGUCCCAUCUCAAAGCGCAUCUAAGGACGCACACAGGAGAACGUCCAUUCCCUUGCACCUGGCCUGACUGCAACAAGAAGUUUGCCCGCUCAGAUGAGCUGGCGCGCCACUACCGCACCCACACGGGGGAGAAGAAGUUUGGGUGCCCGUUGUGCGACAAGCGUUUCAUGAGGAGUGACCAUCUUAUGAAGCAUGCACGCCGCCACUCCGACUUCCAGCCUGGCAUGUUGAAGAGGCCCUACGGCGGAGCCGUCAACAGUAACCGACCUGGCUCCCUCAGCGACUACAGCCGCUCCGACGCGUCCAGCCCCACCCUCAGUCCCGCCAACUCGCCUUAAAGCCCUGCAGCACUUUCAGUCUCUGCCCUGCCAUCUCCACAUUCAGACACACUCAUAAGACACACCCCAGUCUCAUCGACUCUUUCAACCAUAAUGGUGGACAGUUCAAUGGAUUCUGUCCAGGGACUUUGGUACCCCCCCACCACCUCACCCUUGAUCUACUUGGUCAACUUUAAUGCUGUGGAAACUUUGAUUGGGGACAGGGCCAUACCUGCCAGCCUCCCUCAGUUUUGUCCUUUAAUUGGAGCUAUUCUAACAGGGUGAAAUUCCAAUUACACUUCUACUACACAGUUGCAUAUGAAUCUACUUUGCCAAUCCUACGCUUGCUGUACUGUGUCGUAUGUACCUGCUUACUGUAGUGCAAUUUCUUUAAGCAACUCCACAAAGACAUACAUGCCUUCUUCAUGGCUAUAUCUCCAUUUACAAACGUGUACUAUCUAUAUUAUUUCUAUUGUAAGCUUCUGACAGUUUAAAUAAGAUACAUUGGUUAAUAGAGAACACAUUAUUUAGGACAAUUGUGUAAUCUUAUGUUAGUGUGCAACCUUCAUUUAAAAGCAGAUCACAUUUACACCUCAGGAUUAAGAAAAUGAUUUGUAUCCACUUAACUUGACUGCACAAUACAGACAUCACUUUACCGGCAUUUCAACGUGUGUUGAAAUUCUGCCCUGCUCAGGGAAGGCCUAGGUUGCUUGAAAGAAUGAAUACAAUGUUGACAUAUAUACACACACACACACACACACACACACACACACACACACACACACACACACACACACACACACACACACAGUGCACAGCAUCAAUCAAGGAAAGUAUGUAAGAAAGAAACCCCGUAACUUGAACAUCUACUGGACUGACUUUCAGACUGGACAUUAAGCACCCUCACCUUCAUGGCUAAUCUAUAUUCCAAGGGGAGUCUCACCUGUCUUUUUCAAAGACUUAAGUGUAGGAAGAGUAUUACACUGUUUUGGUGAGACACCCCAUCAGAAAGGUUGCUUCAAAGAUACUGAGAACUUAGUCACUAAAAACUGAAUUGACCUGGAAGAGAACCUUCCCUCAUCCUGGAAAAAGCCUGCACAUUACUUAAUGAGGCUACAAUAAGAAUAUUUAAGAAGAUGACUAAAGCAAUAUCACUUCACCUGACAGCAUUUGUUUGAUCAAGAGUGGCCUGUCAACUACAGUACAUUACCGAGAAUCAUCACCAGGUUUGUUCCGGUACUUUGUGGAGGUUGGACUCACACACACCAAGCCUUGGUGUCUUAUCAGAGGGUGUUGGCGUUGAAACAGCAUAGCGAAGGAAAAGACUCAUUAAAGGAGUCAUGAAGAGACUUUCAGUUUGUUCAUGUCAAGUUAAGUCCAGUGCCUGUAUCUAUUGCAGGUGGACUUAGGGGUUGAUACAGCGGAAUGAGGGGACCAUGAGGUACAAUAAAAGCCUAGCUUUAUCAGCUGGAGGGAACACCCAGUGAGAUCAUAGCGAGUUAGAACCUCACCCUUCAACCCUCUGAACACAUCAUGAGAAACUUGACAACCGCCCAAAGAAGAGUGCAGCCAUAGAUGGAGAGAAAAAGUAGCUUUUAGGAGUAUAGGCAAGAGACUGUGUUUGAUUUUCACACUGAGCUGGUGGUUGUGUGAUUUAUGCACUGUCAAUAUACACUUACAAUGGAAAAUGUACUCUCAGAGGGAACUUCGACUAAAACGGGAGAGGAGUCAAGUCUCCUUUACAGAUAAGCAUAAUGUUAAACAUUGUUAAAUCAUGCAUGGAGACUAUUUUCCUUGCAUAUGUUACCAUGGUGUCUUUUCAUGUGUACUGUACAAUCCAACCUUUACCACUGCCUCUGAUUAAGAAUGAUGGGACACACCCAAUGCUCUCUUUAUAGAUCCAGUAGUCCCUCAUUUUUUUCGUAUGCUUAUUUCCUUAAAAUGGACAUUACAAUUGCUGUACAGCUUUAUCGUCAUAGGGAACAGGCUAUAAAGCCUCAGAAAGACAUUUGCUGCAUAACAUUCUCCCUCAAAAUCUUUUUUCUGAAGUUAGAUGCAAGAGUCCCCUUUGUACUUCUUUGGAAGUAUUUAAAGAAAAUACUUGGCACCAGGCGCUUCUCAAGACCCAAUGAAACCUUCAGGAAAAACUAAUCUAGGAAAUACAAGACCUAGCUAGCUUUCAACACAGCAAUGCUUAUGUCAAUCAGUACAAUGUAUCAAAGACCUUCGGUAAAUGAUGGCUGUGCUUUUGGAAUCAGGUCUGAAAUAGUCAAAGGACCUCAGACCUCUCCCUCCUGAGGAAAUCUGCUUGAGGUUCUCAGUGGGAUAAGCCAUGGACUUGGCUGUGCUGUUCCUAUGCUUCAGUGUUGGCUUUAAACAGAGAAGUCGAAUUGCACGCUGAUUGGUGCACACACACAGACACACACGCAGACACACAUGCGCACAUACACACAUGCGCACCCACACACACACACACACAACACACACACACAGGGGGGAGAGGAUUGGUCCAGCUGGAGAGGACUAGGAAUGUUUCUGUGGGGAAGGAAGCAGGUGUCAGCCUGUGAAUGGCCAGCGUUGUCCCCUUGCUUCUCCCCAAGGCCCCAUUUUCCCAGUCACCUAAAAAGAGCCAUCAUCAGCUUUUUCCCUCCCUCGUCCAUAAAGACAACACCCCUUAUGAAAACACACUGCAUCACCACUGCAGCAUUCCCAGUCAUAAAACCACUGUAGACUUACUCUUAGAUAACCCUCACACUGUUUUAUAAGGUUUCAGUUUGAUGUCUGACUCAAGGGAUUCCUCAGUGACUAGAGAGUGCAAAUAGGAGGGAAGAAAGACACAGCCCUGCUCUAGACCCUUUACAAUAAGAGCUCAUUGUAAAAGUCGUAAAAAACAGACAACGAGCAUUUCAAAGUUGCGUCGGGCUGUACGAUCCCUCAAUGACAUAUCCCUCAGCCUAUUUGACUCCUUUCGAUACAGGAGAAGUUUUGUAUAAAUUCCAUCAGUGAUGUGUUUUUAUGUGAUAGUAUCUCAACAUGACAAUAAUAGUUGCAUGAGAGACCAAGGGUGACAACAUUUUUUAUUUUGGCACCUGCUUGGCAUCCAAGAGACCCGUACCACAGGGUGUGACUGGUCCCCUACCGCAGGGUGUGACUGGUGUUAAGCUGUUCAUUCAGGAUGUUUCAUCCACGUUUUGUCCAUGACAGAUAAUAAAACUAAAAGGAUUCGUCCAUUCCGUCUUCUGUUCAUCUUACCCAUAUUCAAACAAAGUGGUGUUCCAGUCCAAAUAUGAUGUCAGUAAGUGUGGAUUUAUACAUUUACAUUCAUUACAUUUAGUCAUUUAGCAGACGCUCUUAUCCAGAGCGACUUACAGAUUUAUAUUAAUGUACUGUCAUUUAAAGGAUUGUUGGAGCAUAUUCAACGUUUUAGGGCCUGGAUAAAAUAACUUUACAACAAGGAGUUAAGGUGUGAGUAUUGAGUCAGUCAAGUGCAUCAAUCAACAGUUUCAAAGAUGGCCACCUUUUUAACUGGAACCUCAGUAUGGUUGUUGAGAAAUUAUUUCAUAAGAUAUGCUGUGUGAACUGCUCUUUUUUUUAUUGAUGACGACCAGACAUUUGUAUGGUCGGGUCACUUUCUUUUUCUCACUUUCUGUCAUUAUUAGUAUUUCUAUCAUUGUAACUUGAUUUGUGUUUUGUACAUUUUGCUAUCACCCGAGUGUCCAUAUCAUGUUUUUAUUUGGGGAUAUUAUUUAAUGUUUCUCAUGCAUAUUAUGCAAAGCGUUAUAAACAUACUGUAUACUGUAUCAUAUCUGCACAAAGAUAAACUGGUGACACAGCAGGGAAGUAUUCAAAAAUAUGUAUUCAAAGGAAAUACGUUUAGUGUAUAUUGUAAUUGUAAUCUCUUCUUAACAUGCUUAUGACAUUUUCCUUGACAUAAUUUGUUACUCCAUUGUUGAAAUUGACAUAAGUUUCUCCAUUUGCUUUUUCCAAUGUUUUUGGUGUAAUGAUGUCAUUAUGCAUGACUUGGUUGUGGAAAUAAAUGGUUAUGUCUUACUGAAAUUUAAAUAUAGUGUGCCAAAGGCAAAAAUGAUUCCACAAACAGAGAUAUUUACAUCCAGUUGUCCAUUAUUAUAGUAUGACAUGACAUUUAAAAAAGAUGUUCUUGUAAAUAAACAUGUCUUGUGACAACUGAACACAAGAGCAGAAACUCAAAUGUCCAUUGAUCUUGUUUGAAUUUGAUUACUUUAAUUUGCUUUAUAUCUGACUGAAAAGGGAUAGUUGCUUGUACUGUCUCAUUUCUGAAUUUUCUUCCCAGCUUCUCUUGAUUUUUGUGACAUAGCACAAGAGCCGUCAGUUGCAGCAAAAUGGUAGUUAAAUGUUUAUAAACUCAAUGCCUGUUCCAAAGGAUUCAUAUUUCAUUCAAGUCAUGUACACUGCUUUGCGUCAAACCAACGUAUCUGUCUUUUUUUUUCUUUUUAUGUAAUGUAUUUAUUUUUGAAUGUGUAUUAUAUAUAUUUUUGACUGUGAUUCAUUUACUAUUCUUUACAAGUCAUAGAUAUAUUAUAAACUUUUUCUUAGUUGGCUUUUUUAUUUAUGUUUUGUAGCAUUAUUGAAUAGUCAUUGUGCUUUAGCAGCGUAGAAAAGAAAACGCUAAGAAUGAAAUGCUAGGAGGUGAAUCCUAUUAAACAUUGCAUUAAGCUCCCAGUGACAAGUUGAGUGUAAGUAUCUGUACAUACAUGUACCCAAUGUUAACAGAUUUGACAGCAAAAAUUGUAGUGUCUGUAAUGUCUACGGGAAAAUGUGUUAUGAUGAAAUUAUCAGAAAAGUGGCCUACUUUUCAUCCAGUAAUAGUUACCAAAGUAUUCAGCUACAGGUGAUAGUUCAUAUCAGAUAUUCCUUUGACCACUCCCUCCCACUGAACCAAGCUAGUACAUUGAUUAUUCUGCUUUUCAAAAAAUGUACUACAAAUAAAAGGAACUUGAUAUGCUG